AAAAUCAUGAAGAAUCGAAAGCAAGGUUAUGAUCAAAUAUGGAAUACGACAAAUAAUUAUUAAUAAGUUUGGUGCAAGAAACGAUUGAACAGAUUUAACAAAAUCAUGAAAGGACAAUCGAUCGAUCGCAUACGGGGACUAAAAACUUGUUAAAUGGUGAAAGAAAAAGAUUUUUGAAUUAUAUUUUCGUAUUUUGGCGGCAAUUUAAUAAUAACGUUUUAAUUAAGGAAAAAGAAUAUUUUGUUAUUGAAACGAGUUUUCAUCGGUGCCACGCAUCGAACAAAGAAACUUCUUGUGAAAGUUUCCGUAGUGCAUGAUAAAGUGUUCUCUGGUUGGAUACGCGGUUACAAUCUUGUGGAUGAUCGUAAUCAAAGUUAGUGUACUUUCGAUGUGAUCCCGCCCUUUGACAACAACAAAAAACGAUAUAUCGAGGAUGGGACGAGAGAUUCUUCUGUUCCUUUUGGGAAUUCUCGUCGUGGGUACACAAGAAUUAUUAAAGUGCGGCCAUCCAGCUGUACCAAUGAAUGCCAAGGUGUCAUUGUCCGAUGAAUCCUUAGCAACAGGCACUUUGGCGACAUAUACUUGUGAUGCCGGAUACGAAUUAUUUGGCAGUGGCAGUUUAACAUGCAACGUUCGUGGGAAAUGGCAAGGAGAUCUACCAUUUUGUGGCACAAACGUAGCUUUUCGUAAGCCAACAAAUCAAUCGACAACCGUACGAGGCGGAGAUGCUAGUCACGGAAACGAUGGAGAUUCGAGCACAGAACACGAUGGAAAAAGAUGCACUGAAACACAAAGCGAGCCUAGCCCUUGGUGGAAGGUUGAUUUAUUAAAAUCGUAUUCGGUAAAAGUCGUUAGGGUAACGACUAGAGGUUGUUGUGGUCACCAACCUCUUCAGGAUAUCGAAAUACGCGUUGGUAAUAGUAGCAUAGAAUUACAACGUAAUCCUUUAUGCGCUUGGUUUCCUGGCACAAUCGAGGAAGGAAUUACGAAGACGUUUAUGUGUGCCAGAGCUCUUGUUGGUCAAUAUGUGUUUUUGCAAUUAGUCGGUGUGGAAGGAAGUUUGAGUCUAUGUGAGGUAGAAGUAUUCGCUAUUGAUGAGUUCUCAACAGACAGAUGCGCUUACAGCGGAACGCCAGCUGACACCGAUUUGGCCGCUUUCAAUUCCACCUGUUAUGAAUUCGUUGUUAAAAAGGGUGAUUCUUUUCAAGAGGCCAGAAAUUAUUGCCGUGCAAGAGGCGGUGAUCUUGUUCAUGGUUUCAAGGAUGCAGCUUCCAUAUAUAUAUUAAACAAUCUCGAAAGGCGGAAAGACAAACUAAAAACUCAGCUGGUUUGGAUAGGUGCUCAGAAGGAACCUUUGAUAACGGCGCGAAUAUGGCGAUGGGUUGACGGUGAAAUUGUACAAAAACCAUCUUGGGGAAAAGAUCAACCAAAUAAUUAUAACGGCGAGCAAAAUUGUGUAGUGCUAGACGGUGGCCGUAGCUGGUUAUGGAAUGACGUUGGCUGUAACCUUGACUAUUUGCAUUGGAUAUGUCAAAGCAGGCCACCUACUUGUGGUAGUCCAGAGAAAGCUGAGAAUACAACAAUAAUGGGCACUAAACGAACCAUAGGAUCUAUAAUAGAUUAUGUUUGUCCUGAUGGAUAUAUGCUAAUAGGUUCGAAGAGCAGGACGUGUGAAUCAACUGGAUUUUGGAGUGACGAGCCAGCCACAUGCAAGUUUGUCGAUUGCGGUCCUCUGCCUGAAUUGGAGAACGGUGUAAUCACGCUGGUUGAUAACAGAACAACUCAUGGCGCGCUUGCUGAUUACGUGUGUAAAGAAAACUAUACAUUGCUCGGUGACGUCAGACGUAGAUGCGGAGAUGGUGGUAUUUGGAGUGGACAUCAACCUCAAUGUUUAUUUGAUUGGUGUUCGGAACCACCACAAAUUAAUGGUGGAGUUGUGACAAAUACCGGGAGACGAGCAGGAUCUACAGCUACUUAUUCUUGUCAAAAUGGGUUCAUUUUAUUCGGAGAUAACGUUCUUACCUGUGACAUUGGUGGAGAAUGGUCUGGUAAAGCACCUCAAUGUCGAUUCGUUGAUUGUGGAGCACCAGCUCAAAUCGAAUUUGGUUCCGUGGCUUUAAUUAAUGGCACUACUACAGUUAAAAGUUUGGCUGUAUAUACAUGUUCAGAAGAUUACUGGCUGGUUGGUGAAGCGAAACAAAAAUGCACCAAAGAAGGAAAAUGGAGUCAUGAUACGCCGUCUUGUGAAUUGAUCACCUGCGAAGAACCUGAAGUACCAGCUGGAAGCUACGUUGUCGGAUAUGAUUUAAAUGUUCACAGUGCUAUUGAGUAUCAUUGUGAAGCAGGAUAUCUACUUCAAGGCGAAAUCAGACAUGUUUGUGGCAAAGAUGGUGAAUGGUCGGGGGAAGUACCAACUUGCGAGUAUGUAGACUGCGGGAAAGUUUUGCCUGUUUUAAAUGGAGCUGUAGAAUACGUGAAUGAAACAACACAUCUUGGAAGUGAAAUCACUUAUAGUUGUACUAAAAACUAUAGGCUAAAUGGAGUGUCAAGAAGAUAUUGUUUGGACAAUGGUCAAUGGAGCGACGCGACUCCAAAAUGUGAAGAAAUUCGAUGUCCGGAACCUGUUUAUGCGGAACAUGGUAUUUUAUCUGUAACUGGUAAUGAUCGAAUGUAUGGUAGAACUCUAAUUCGUACUGGAACUCCAGAAAAUUCUAAUACUGGCGCGACUUCUUAUAAAAUCGGUGCUCUUGCAAAAUACCGUUGUGAAAGAGGAUAUAAAGUAGUCGGGGAACCUCUAUCUACUUGCGAAGAUAAUGGAAAAUGGAGUGGUGAAGUUCCACGAUGUGUUUAUGUUGAUUGUGGUAAACCAGAACACAUUCAACAUGGUAGAUACACUUUAACAUCAAAUGCUACUUAUUAUGGAGCAGCUGCUCUUUAUGAAUGCGAUGGUAAUUUUGAAUUGGACGGAUUUGCUAGACGAUUAUGUCUCGAGAAUGGUACUUGGAGUAGUGACACUCCAGUUUGUAAAGAAAUUAGAUGCAAAGAUCCUGAGAAAGAGGGCGUACUAUCUACACAAGUUUCAACUCACAGCGUAGGUGGAAUAGCUCACUAUAGUUGUCCACGAGGAUUUUAUAUGGAAGGGAAUGAAACUAGAGUAUGCUUACAGAACGGAUCUUGGAGUGGAAACACACCCGCCUGUUUCUUGGUUGACUGCAAACAUCCUGAGCCUGUAGAAAAUGGAAGAGUGAUAGUAGUAAAUGGAACCACUACAUACGGUGGAACUGCAGAAUAUCAUUGUUUACCACAAUAUGAAAGAAUAGGACCGUUUUUGAGAAAAUGUUUAGAUACAGGUUCAUGGAGUGGAGAGGAACCCAAAUGCGAAUUUAUGCCGAAUGAAGUAGCGGAAACGCAGGGCGUAGGAACUAGCGUAGGCAUUGGAGCUGGGGUGAUCAUAUUUAUAUUAAUUAUUCUUGGACUUGUUUAUUUAAGACUGAGGAAAGCUACACCAAUAAAAAAUACUGAAAAUGUACAAGCUGCUGAAAGAAAGGAAGAUCAAAAUGCUGCUGUUAUGUCUUAUGCUACUCUUAAUGAUGGCACACCUAAUAGUAUGUAUGAAAACGUUCCAGAGGAUGGUCUUUAUGAUAGUCCUUAUAGCCUAAAUAGUAGUACCUAUAGGUAUGGUACUAAUAUGAGAAGACAUUAUGGUAGAUCUGGACAUUAUGAGGCAGAACCAGUUUCAAAUAGAAACGGCAUUACAAUUAACGGAGUGUCUGUGCGAUAGUUUGGAAUAUAACAAUUAGAACCGAAACCAAGUGUAUUUUUUAAAAUUAGAUAUUAUUUAUGUACAGGUAGAAGGAUAUAGAUACGUGAAACUUUGUUACUUUUAUUUAUAUUAUUAUAUUUGGCGUAUCGCCGAUCUAUGUAAAUAAGUAAAAAGAAAUAACGUGAUAAAUUUACGAUAGUGUUUUUCAUACCAAUGAUGAAAAUAUGUUAUAUUAACGAACAUUCUUAUAUUAUUUCGACAAUUCAAUGUAUUAUUAUGUAUAUAAAAUGUUCUCUUAAUAUAGAACUAUGUCUCAAAUAACGAAUUUAUAAUUAUAAAUUCGUAUGUUGAUUGGUUAUAAAAAUAAAGAAACCACUCUUGUUUUA